AUGGCAUCGUCGUCCGAUUCUUCCGUCGACCUUGCCACUGUUGACGCACUCGAGUUGCUGCCUGACAACUCUGCUGCUAAUUGGCACUCUUAUGCUCAUUCCGUUGAGGUGCUCCUCUCCUCUGUUGUGGUCAGCGGCUACAACCUUCGCUCGGUUGUCUUUCAGGAAGGCGGUGGACUUCAGCCCGUGGCCCCCACCGCUCCUACUGGACCUGCCCCCGCCCACCCUGGCGCCGAGCCCUCUCCCCCCGGUGAUCCUCCCACCUUCGCGCCGAAUGUCAACGACCCGCAGAGCUCGGAAACCGCCAUUCGCACCUACCGCACCAAUCUCCAAGAGCACCUGCGCCUGCAAUUGCGUUACGAGGACGACAGGCGCAUCUAUGACGACGCCGCUGCCCGCUACAACAAGUACCAAGAAGACCUGGACACCUACACUGCAGAACUUGGAGACUACACCACGAAAAUUAAUGCCUGGCGGGUUGCUGAUCGGCGUGCGCUUGCCAUUCUUCUCGCCACCAUCCCCUCCUCCCUCAAACGCGAGCUCUCACCUACCUUCUCCUCCCACCUGUGGCGACUUCUAGUUGACCUUUUCGAUCGGCAGGACGUUGCCACUCUUUACGCCCUUAUCAAGGAGUUUGGAACUCUCUCCAUGGAUUCCACUUCUGGUGCAGCUGCUUUCACUCGCCGUGUCUUAGACCUUGCUCGGCGCCUUGCAACACUCGAUGUGGUGUACCCGGACACCGUCAUCUGCUGCCACCUCCUCGAGGGCCUCACACCUGCCUUCGACGCUCACAAGCUUGCUUACAUGCAGCUUAUCUCCAAGCACCACACCCCUGCCGAAGUCGCUCAGUGGAUUAUCACCACCGAAGCUGAGAUCCUUCGCCACUCUUCCUCCACUGCCGCAGCAGCCCAGUCGCGCAGCAGCCGGGGUGGACGUGGCGGUGGGCGUGGGGGUGGGCGUGGUGGUGGGCGUGGGGGUGGACGAGGGGGAUCAGCAGGUCGCGGUGGUGCUGGCAGCAGUGGUGCGGGUCGUGGUACGGCAGCUGUCUUUCCUCCCUGUCAGUACCUGCCUCGCUACGGUCCCACUCAGGGACAGCGCUGCGGCCAAACCACCCAUGCCACUGAGACGUGCUUCAAGGCACUCAGUGAUGAGUGGUUUGCCCGUGGCAACACCGGCACCCCUCCUCGCUGGUCCGCCCUCAACCCUCGCCCCACUCCUCUUGAGGUCCGUUCCUCUCCCCUUUAUGAACCUCCCUCCUCCACCCACGCCCACCAGGCCCUCGCCCCUCCCCAGCAGCAGCACCAGCAGCAGCAACAGCAGCAGCAGCUUGGAAAUCAGCAGCAGGGGUCACAGCAGACGCAGCGUCCUCCGUGCGUCUUUCGCAUCAUAGCAGCAGUAUGGGCAACAGCUUCUCCUCUCUCAACUCCUGCAGCAGCUCCAGCAUCUCCAACAGCAGCUCGACCUCCAGCCGCAACUGCCCCUCCUCCCUCCUCCUCCGGUUUCCCAGCAGCAGCCCUUUCCUACCUGGACUACUGGGAGUGCUGCCUCUGCAACCCAUCUCUCGGGGCUGGUGGAUCCAUAGGGAGAGGUGCAGGCAGGGCUCAAGGCAGCGCACCGGGUUCUCCACCACGACCUAUGCAAGGGCGGGUAGGGGAUGGACCAGGAGGAGCCGGCGCGAUCUUCGUUGGGGUGUUGCUUACCGUACCGGCGCCGACCUCCCGUCGCUCUUUCCGUUACGACGGCCCUCGACCCCCUCCUUCGGGGCAGACGCAGCCGGAGAGCGGCAGUGCGGAGGAGGAUGAGGAGGAGGAUGGUGAGGGCGAGAAGGAGGAGGACAGUGAGGGGAGCGGGUAUGACAGCGAGGCGGCGUGGGACCCAGAGACGCAUGGCGGUGGGGAGGGGGGAGAUGAUGAUGAUGAAGACCACGAGAUGGAUGGGUUGGAGCCAGAGGGGCGGGAGGAGGAGGUGGGAGAGGGUGGCGGAAGGGGGGCGACAGAGGCGGGAUCACAGCAUGUGCGUGAAGGGGGAGGGAGCGUGGGGGUUAAGGUGGGGGGGAAAAAGGCCGUGACCAUUAGGGAGCCGAGGCAGCGGAAGAAGGCCAACAAGUUGAGGGAGCGGGCGUAUCCCUGCACGUUCACUGGGGAGCCCUUGGGCGAGGGUGUAAUCGCUCUCGAGUUCCUAGACGAGGACGGAGGGUCCGAGAGUAGUAAGGGGACUGGCAAGGGUAAUAGGAAGCCGGGGUGGCAGGUAAUGAUGUUCGGACCGUUAGGGGCAGACGAGAAGCGUCAGUGCAAGAUUUGCACAGACAGGAUUUCUUGGAAGCAAUCCACAACAACCCCCGGCGAGAGGCACUUUGCGAGCUUCCACACUGCGCACAUGCAUGUGUGGCAUCACCGUUACCACACCCCGUCCGUUCACUUGCCAGGGGAGACGUUUCCCCGUGGGGGCUACAAGGGAGUGCCGGAUGGGUACGUCUAG